AUGGAAGUUGAUGUCCUCAUUCCAAAGAUCAAACAUGCCAUUGAAGAAGUGGUUAAUGUUAAGACUCUUGGUAGAACUUAUAAAUUAUAUACAAAAUGGGAUAUGGCUAUGGAAAACAUUUGGCUAUUGUCAAAGAACAAUGACUCUAAAUUCUUUGACUCGAAAUCCUAUAGAAAAAAUAUUAAGUGGAAUCUUCCUCCCUCUGGGUGUUUGAAAAUGAAUUUUGAUGGGGCUUACAGAGGGAAUUCAGGUGAGUCUGGUUAUGGGGCAAUUAUCUGUGAUGAGUUUGGCAAUAUGGUGGGGGCUAAAUAUGACCUGAUGGGUGUAUUGACCAACAACAUUGCUGAAGUAACAGUACUCGAGGCAGGUCUUGAAUGGUGUGUGGAGAAAGGAGUUCACAAUGUUAUGAUUGAAGGUGAUUCACAAGUUAUCCUCAAUGGCAUAUCCAAUCAGCGAUUCAUAGACUAG